CUAUAAUAUUAAUAUAUUUCUAAACUGUGGAACGAUAAAUAUGUAAAAAAGAAGUGCUCUCUUUUUAUUUUAAUACCCCUCUUUAAACAAACAAAUCCACCUUCAUUUCCAAACCCCGGCGCUUCGCCAAUGGAAAUUUUAGUCAUUUCAUUUCACGUUAUCUGUCCCCCCUUCUAUUUCCUGUCCCAAACGCACACAACCAUUUGCUGUUUUGCCUCCUUCCUUCCUACCUUCCCUCCCUACGAAGAAGCAGAAGACGAAGAAGAAGAAGAAGAAGAAGAGAGAGAGGGGGAUGGAAGUGGAGGCGGAGUUGCCGGAGGACUUCCGGUGCCCGAUAUCGAUGGAGGUGAUGACCGACCCGGUGAUCCUCUCCUCCGGCCACACCUUCGACCGCGCCUCCAUCCAGCGCUGGCUCGACUCCGGUAACCGCACCUGCCCCCUCACCAACCUCCCACUGCCCUCCUCCCCCUCCCUCAUCCCCAACCACGCCCUCCGCAGCCUCAUCUCCAACUUCCUCUCCCUGCGCCCCGCCGCCGCCGUCACCGACGACGCCUUGCUCCUCGCCCGCCUCUCCUUCCCCUCCGACACCCCCUCCCUCGCCGCCGUCCUCCGGCUAGCCCAGCACGGGCGACACGCCGCCCGCCGCCUCCUCGCCGACUCAGGCGCCGCCUCCGUCCUCCUCCGCCACGCCGCUGCCCCCGACCGCCCCGACCUCCAAGAGCUCUCCCUCCACGCCCUCCUCCACCUCUCCCUCGACGGCGACGACGCCCGCGUCGGCCUCGUCGCCGAGGGCGCCCUCGAUCCCCUCGUUGCCGCUCUCCGCGGCGGCUCCGGCUCAUCCGCUGCCGCCCUCGCUGCCACGCUCCUCACCAGCCUCGCUGUCGUAGAGGUCAACAAGGCCACCAUCGGCGCCCACCCCGCAGCGAUUCCCCGCCUCGCCGCGCUCCUCCGUGAAGGCGGCGGUCGGGAGCGGCGGGAGGCGGCCACGGCCCUCUACGAGUUGUGUAAGUUCGCCGAGAACAGACGGCGGACCAUCCGUGCUGGUGCCGUGCCACCGCUCCUCCGCCUCGUCAGCGAGGGCUCGGAGAGGGCAGUGCGGGUCCUGGGCCUCCUAGCCAAGUGCCGUGAAGGGAAGGAAGAGAUGAGGAAGUUGAGCGGAUUUGUUAGGGUGUUGGCUGAGGUGGUAAGAGCCGGAAGCCCCAGAGCCAUUGAGCACGCCCUCCUGGUGCUGAAUUUGGUGUGCUCAGAUAGCAAAGUUAUGGCCGUCGAGGCCACUGAAGAAGGGGUUUUGGAUCUCUGCUCGAUUUUGUCUGGAGAUGUGAAUCUGAAGACUAGUAAAAACGCCAUGGAGUUGGCUCUGAUCCUUAAGAAGGGGCUAUUUGUUGGCUAUUCAUGAACAGGAGUUUAUCUCUAUCAUCACUGUCUUGCUCUUUGAAAUGGGUCAUGCCGGCAAACAUUAGUGACAUGGUUUAGUUCGACAGGAGAUUUGGACUUGGCAAGUACAUAAUGUGCUUGUACUAAGUUGGUUUCACGAGUUCAUAAGAAGCAUGCAGGUGGAAAUUAUGGAUGAGUGGUUUUGCUUUCAGCUGAAUUACAAAUAUAAAUUGGUGGAUGGGAUUCCCUUUUGAUGAUGAUUUGGUAAUACUUUCCACUUACGACUUUAUUAAUCUUAGAUAUAGACCUUGUGGAAUUAUGGGCGUUCAAAACACCCUCACUUGUGAAAGUUUUCCGCCCAUCAUGUAGCUCUAGUAAUGACUGAAAUGCAAGAAACACAAAUUAUUCAGUAUUUGGGAAAGCAUAUCCAAUAUGAAUGUACUACAAGGUGUUAAUAUUUACACUUGCCAAUUGUUUGGCAAACAAAACUUUUGCUUAACCUACUGCCAAGUAAGGUUCGGUAUAUUCUUGAAUGUUGUA